AUGAAGUGCCUUUUGAUCUUGGUUUGCCUGACGAUCUAUGUGGCUUGUGUUGAAGCCCAGAACGUAUGCCCAGGACGUUCGUUUACUCAGCUAUGCACUGGAAAUCGGGAUGAAGGAAACAACAAUGGACGUUGGUGCGGCCUGACUGCCAUGAACGAAAUGUGGUUCUUUAAUUCCCGGAACAGAAAUUGCGAAAAGAUGAGGUACCGCGGCUGUGGCGGCAACAACAAUCGCUAUUGUAGCGUCCAAGAUUGUCAAACAAAGUGCAGACGCUAA